AUGAUCCCUAACCGGUUCCCCAACCACCAUAAACCUCGGACGAACAACGUUUCUCUGAAGGAUUCUCUCCUAAACGGUCUUCGGCGGCUCGAUUUCAUCGGCUCAAGCCUGCUCUUGAUCGCCACCGUGUGUCUGGCCGCACCGCUAGAGGAGGCCAACCGGGGAUUCGCCUGGCGAUCUGCCUUUACGAUCGUGAUGCUGGUCAUUUCCGGCUUUGCUUGGAUUAUCUUCCUACUAUGGGAGCGGCGCAUUACACUUUCAAAAGGCCUCGUCGAGCCUAUUUUUCCCUGGCGAUUCGCGCAGAAUCGCGUGUGGAUGGGAAUGUUGCUGAAUGCCAUCUGCCUCGGAGGGACAUGGUUCGUCACGAUCUUCCAGCUUCCCCAGCGCUUUCAGAUCGUAAAUGGCCUUUCCCCCUUACAAGCAGGAAUCCGCUUCAUCCCCUUCACGAUUGCGGCCCCUAUCGGAUCUAUCAUGGCCCCUAUGCUGUCCAAGAUCUUCAAGAUUCCCGUUCUAUAUUUUGUCAUCGCAGCUUCUUUCAUCCAGGUGAUCGCCUACGCACUUCUAUCGACUUUGUCCGAUUCUGUGACUAUCGCCGCCAAGCAGUAUGGCUUUCAGAUUCUUGCGGGUUAUGGCUGUGGUAUCAACAUCGCCCUAUUAGUUCUCAUGACCCCUUUUACCAUCGAACCGCAAGACAAAGCCGUCGCCAUGGGCGCCGUGGCUCAAUUCCGCGUUAUGGGCGGCACGAUCUGCCUCGCCAUCGUGACAGCCGCUUCGCAGGCCUUACUACGGUCACGACUUGGACAUCGGCUUCCCACCAGUCAAGUGGAUGCAAUUCUGCAAUCUACGGAGAUGCUCACGUCGCUCUCGCCCGACACCCAGGAUCUCGUCCGCCAAGUGUACUCGGCAGGCUAUAACCUGCAGAUGAAAAUUCUGGCCGGAUUCGCAGGGGGGCAGGUCAUCGCGUCGGGGCUGAUGUGGCAGAAACAGCAGGUGAUGGUCUGA